ACUUAUACAGAGAGCAUAGGCCAUAAUUAUAAAGAGUUUUGUUUUGUUGUCCGCUGAUACUGAUGCAAGGAUGGCCGGUCUUGGGUUUUAUCUUGUUUGUUUCUUGUUUUUUUGUAAGAAUUUGAUCUCUGCAGUGGGUGCAAUGGACGAAGAGGACAUAGGAGUAGGGAACCACAUCCACGAUGAAGACCAUUCUGAAGACUGGUGGGUUGGGACGGAUCCUCUGCUGGGUAGCAUCACUCUCCUCCUCACCAUAACAGCGAUCCUGGGCAAUAUCACCGCUAUCUACUACAUCAGCACCAGUGCUGCACUACGGACACCGUCCUUCUUGGUGCUGCUGUUACUAGCCAUAGUGGACCUCACUACUGGCGUACUGCACCUUCCUUUCGUUACUGUCGCUUGCUUCACUGGUAACUGGAUUGGUGAACCAGGACUGUUGCCAGACCGGAACAUCUCCCUGACUCGGUGCAAGUGUACCUUCAUGGUGAGUGCUGAAGGGUGGUGGUGUAUGGUCAGCAGUUACGUUAGACCCUUCUCUCAACCCCUCUCCUUUGUCACUGUCGUCAUCAUCUCCGCUCUCAGAGUGUUAUCGAUGUAUUUCCCUAUCGCUUACCGAAGAGUGGCUACAGCUAAAAGAAUAAUGGGUGGCACCCUAGUGAUAUGGGUGGUAACACUGCUGCUUACCAUACCCACUGCUUACUACGUCAAGGGUUACAACUACAAUCUGGUCGCUAAACAGUGCAUGUGGAACUUCACUGAGUGGGCCCACGUGAGGUUUGGUUUUGUGUACAAUAUAGUAGCCUUCUUUAUACUAGUGGCCAUACUGGUCACACUCAUUACCUUGAUGGUGGUAGGCCUUACCAAACGGGAUAACGUGCAGAAGGGCCGAAGGAAACUCGGCAAUAGUAAGACGAGUAAAGACCAAAAGAGUCAGAAGAGCAGUAGUAGUACAGACUAUAAGCACGCUUCUUUGAUCUCAAUAUUUGUUGGGCUAAUUUGGAUGGUUUCUAUAUUCCCUUUCUAUGUGUUUGGAAUAGUCCGAUCAUACACAAACGCAGUCCACAGGUUAGAUAAGUCGACAGAGAUGGCGCUGAGGACGUUAACGUUCUGGAUGUUGUAUUUGAGUCCUGUAGUUAACCCUCUUCUCUACGUUCUCAGACUCCCUAAAGUUAGAAAUGAGUUACAGAGAAGAGCCUCUUGCAGCUUCAAACGAACAUCAAGACGACUAAAGCAACAAACGUCAAACUUGGAGGAAAUCAUAAAAACGCAGUCUCAAGCAUUUGAGAGCAGGUUGAUUCAGCAAGCCUCAGAUCUGGAAACAAGACUGAAAGGAGCUGGCAACCGCUCCAACUCUCAGACCAUUUCAUUGGAUGCUGUUAUUUGCGAGAGCUUUAUUGAUUUUGGUGAUUGUGCUAUGGCUGCUGUGAUGCCAAGGGGCAAUACCGAACAAUCAGAUGUACAGAGUUUCAGUGACAAUGAAGAUACAGGUGUUCCGUGUAAACCGAACCCAUCACCAGCGUCUGUUGAGUUGGUAGAAGGGAGAAGAAACGAAGAGCAGGGUAUAGGUAACCACAAUCAGUCGUAAGGUAAUCAUUGCAAUUGCACCCAAAUCUAUAUUUGUAACAAGACCGUUAUCUAUAUCUGUGAUAUGAUUUUUAUUGUGGAUAUGCGAUGAACAGUUAUAAUUUUCGAUAAGCUCAACUUAGGCGGACUCGACUACUGCACUACCUAGUUAAAGACAAUAUCAUGAUAGAGUUUAGAUAUUUUUUGUACAGUUAAAAUUUACUACGUAGAACGUCAAUUUUAACAAUGAACUAGAGACAGAGUGUAUAUAUUUUUUCGUAUUUAAACUUAAAGUUUAACACUGUUUCUAUACAAUAUUAUUUGGCAUAAUUUGUAAUUGCAUUAAUUAAUUAUUAAGGGUUCAACAAGCUUUCGUUCUAAAUUUAACAUUUAAGUUAAUUUACAAUAGCCUUAGUUUAAAAGUGAGAAUGAAUCAAAUUCAAAUUUGAUUAAUAAUUAUUAUAAUCGUGAGCAUUCACAAAAUGUGUCAGUUUUCUUGUUUCCUUUCCCUUUC